AAAAGGGGAUACUGCAAGACAGGGCAGAUUAGCAGUAAUUGGGAGAAUAUUACAUGACAUUUACAGCUGUUAUUGUCCGAAAAUUUAAGUUCUGAAAUUGUUGUUGGUGGGUCGAAAAAGAAUCCUUUGAGGUUCAAAUUUUGAAACUUCCAAAGAGAUGAAAUGGUUGAAAACUUUACAACGGCAUUGAAUAGUACAGAUUCCAGAGGGGACAAUCAGAUGAUUCUAAAACAGAAUAAAACACAUAAUUGCUGUCGAACGUACAAUAGAGGGGCAGAAAGAGAGAUUGAUUUAUAAAUGUAGACACCAGGGAUGCCACUGUAUUGAUAGCAGAGAGGAAUAAUAAGAAUAGAAGUGAGUAAACUUAAAGCUGGGAAAAGUUUUUCAUUGAAUUGCUUUAAUAAGUUACAGAAUCUCUCCCUCUUUGCUAACAAUUCAGGGGCUGUAGUCAAAAUGGCUCGAAUUCAGGUUAACCGGAGAGGCUUGGCAAUCAUGGCACGGAUGGUCUUUCUGAUUCUUGUCAUGAUGAGCAAUAUGGGGAUUGCAGAGAGAAUAUUGAAAGACAAAUGGAAUCAAGAAGUUUUCAAAGAGAAAGAAAAAACACAAGGGUUUCUGGUUAAAAUAGCCGACUUCCUCUGGGAAGGUGGGAAGUCUGCAUAUGAACCUGUCUGGCCGGAGAUGGAAUUUGGUUGGAAAAUAGUUGUAGGAACAAUUGUUGGUUUCCUUGGUGCAGCGUUGGGUAGCGUUGGAGGGGUUGGAGGUGGUGGAAUUUUUGUUCCAAUGCUCACUCUCAUAAUAGGUUUCGACCCCAAGUCUUCCACUGCCAUUUCCAAGUGUAUGAUCAUGGGUGCAGCUGGAUCAACAGUAUACUAUAACCUGAGACUUAGGCACCCGACACUGGAAAUGCCCCUCAUAGAUUAUGACUUGGCGUUGCUCUUCCAGCCAAUGCUCAUGCUUGGAAUCAGCAUUGGAAUUACUCUAAAUGUCAUGUUCGCUGAUUGGAUGGUCACAGUUCUGCUUAUCAUCCUUUUCAUUGGUACAUCAACGAAAGCCUUAUUCAAAGGUAUAGAUACAUGGAAGAAAGAGACAAUGAUGAAAAAGGAAGCAGCCAAGUUGGAAGCAGAGUCCAAUCCAGCUGAUGGAGCUGCACCAGCCUAUAAACCGCUACCUAGUGGCCCUGGCACCCUGCCAGAAGAUGAUGUUCCUCUGCUACAAAACAUAUACUGGAAAGAGUUGUCGCUGCUGUUGUAUGUGUGGAUUGGUUUUCUUAUUGUUCAGAUUAUUAAGGAAUAUCUUCCAACUUGCUCAAUCAUGUACUGGAUUGUGAACUCCUUGCAGAUACCCAUUGCUGCCACUGUGACACUCUUUGAAGCCAUAUGCUUAUACAAAGGGACUAGGGUGAUCGCAUCCAAAGGAAAGGAAGUCACAAAUUGGAAGAUAUAUCAGAUUCUUCUUUACUGCUCCUGCGGUAUAAUAGCUGGUAUGGUUGGUGGGCUGCUGGGACUGGGAGGUGGCUUCAUCUUGGGUCCUCUAUUCCUUGAACUGGGAAUUCCUCCUCAGGUAGCAAGUGCAACAUCAACGUUUGCUCUGGCAUUUUCCUCCUCAAUGUCAGUUGUACAAUAUUAUCUUCUCAAUCGUUUCCCAGUCCCAUAUGCUGCUUAUUUUGUUCUCGUAGCAACCAUUGCUGCCUUCACUGGCCAGCAUGUAGUCAGAAAGAUUAUUGCAUUCCUCGGAAGAGCAUCGAUAAUCAUCUUCAUACUAGCUUUGACAAUCUUUGUCAGCGCUAUCAGUUUAGGUGGAGUUGGCAUUGCUGAUAUGGUCGAAAAGCUGGCAAAUGAAGAGUAUAUGGGAUUUGAAAACCUUUGCGAGCUGUCUUGAGAUCUUUCCAUUUUUUUUCCCUAUUGCAGGUGGAAUUUCGCAGCAGAGAGCAACUAAGUUCACACUGCAUUCAACAUCAGUACUUCACAGUCAACUAUUUGUCAAUUAUUUUCAUUUAAAGAUUUGGGUUUUCAUAUAUGUUGAUGGACAUUCACUUUUUGUCCAAUGUACGCAAGAACUUCUCACCUGAGCUUCUGUUUCUUUUGUUUUCCAUUUGGAUCUUAUUCUGCUAUAUAAAAUCUGUAUGUAAUACUCACGUAGAUUGUGAUACGAUAAUUUUCAUAUUUUACGCAUAUUUAAUGUAAAAUAAACAUAUAAAAAAUACUCAAAUUACCAUAUCUAUAUAACAAUUGACUAGGGAUUUCUCUUCUUUUUUCU